CACAUACAAUACAGUUAACUCCAUAAUAUCAAGUCAUCCUCAUAUCUAUGAUAAAGGCCACCUCUCCAAGAUGAAGUGUACUCCUCUACAAAAGAAACGAGUUGAUUAAGCAACAAAGUAAGAAAAGUUUAUGCCAAGUAACCAUUUAAGAUCUCCUCUUCAACCCACACCAAACACUUAUAAAGGACCACCAAAAGGGAACAAUUCUAGUAAAAUUGACGCUUGAAUCUUGAUGUUGAGUCUCAAUUCAUCCUCUAUACUCCAAAACUAGUGCGUCCAAGAGGAAUCAUUUGAAUUAUGAAGGAUAAAAUAGAACGUCGAAACUAAUGACCUAUUCUACUAAGGUAACUCAUCUAUAAUGAUUAAUGAAAAGUAGACAAAAUGAUAUGUUUUAGAAUUAGUGCACCUCUCUUAUCUACCUACUAAAUUAAUGAUAUAAGACUCUCCAUUAUUCAUAGAACAAGGUCAUGUGAUCAUAAGAUGCAUAAGAAGCCCCCUCACUCAAAAUUUGUCUUGCCCUUGUGGGUUUAGGGUGAAGUGACCAGUCGCCUUCAUCUCACAUGGAUCAGGACAUGGACCUCCCACCAACCUCUCCUUCCAAGUAAACGCCCAUCAUCCCCUCAAUUACUCUUAAAUGCUUCCCUUCCUAGGCUCCUAGCACACUCGCUCUUCGUUUAGACAUGGACUACGGUCGACUCGGUUCGUCGACUCACUCUGUUUCCGGCAAUCCCCAGCCGAGUCGCGACGAGUCAAAGUCAAAGCAGCGGCGGCGCCGAUUCUUCUGGGCGGGUUUGCUGGCCGCCGCCUUCCUCCUCUUUGCUGGCGGCGUGUCGGUGACUGUCCUCGUUAUGCGCGGCGGGAACCGGUCGGGGUCGUUGCCGAGUCGGGCGCCGACGCAGGCGAUGUCGCAGGCGUGCGGCCUGACUCGGUUCCCGGCCCUGUGCCUGAGCUCGCUGCUCGACUACCCGGGCUCCUUCGAGGCCGGCGUGCGCGAUUUGGUGCACAUCUCCAUCAACAUGACGCGCGGCCGCGUCGGCGACGCGAUGUACGGCGCCUCCGCGAUCACCGGCACCGGAAUGGGGAAGCUCGCCCGCGCCGCCUUCCGCGACUGCAUGGAGCUGCUGGGCGACUCGCUGGAACAGCUCUCCGACUCGCUGCUCGUCGUGCUGCCCCCGUCGUCGUCGCCCUUGCAGUCCACGGAAGCUCGGGUCAGGGGCGCCUCCGACGAGGACGUGCUGACGUGGCUGAGCGGCGCCGCGACGAACCACGACACGUGCCAGGAAGGGCUGCAGCAGGUGGAGGAUCCCUACGUGAGGGAGUUCAUGGAGGACCAGUUGAAGGACCUCUCUGAGCUCCUCAGCAACAGUCUCGCCAUGUUCUCCGGCGUCAGCCGGAACAAGGACUUCACCGGCAUUCCCAUCCAGAACAAAAAGAAGAGAAAGCUCCUCGCCGCCCCCGUCGGCGACGGCGACGGCGACAAAGAAUUCCCGGAUUGGAUGGGGAAGAAGGACCGGCGGCUUCUUCAGAUACCGGCGGCGAACAUCCAGGCCGACAUGGUGGUAUCCAAGGAUGGGAACAGCACCUACAGGACAAUCACUGAGGCCGUCAAGGCCGCGCCGGAGAACAGCGGCCGGCGAAUCAUCAUCUACAUCAGGGCGGGCCGGUACACUGAGAAUAUCAAGAUUGCGAGGAAGAAGACAAACCUCAUGCUCAUCGGCGACGGCAAAACCCAGACCAUCAUCGCCGGAUCCCGCAGCGUCGCCGACAAAUUCACUACCUUCCACACCGCCACGCUAGCGGCGACGGGGACGGGGUUCAUUAUGAGGGACAUAACGGUGGAGAACACGGCGGGGCCGGAAAAGCACCAGGCGGUGGCGCUGCGGGUGGGGGCGGACCGCGCGGCGGUGUACAGGUGCGACAUCAGGGGAUACCAGGACACGCUGUACGUGCACUCGCAGCGGCAAUUCUACCGGGAGUGCGGCGUCUACGGAACCGUGGACUUCAUCUUCGGCAACGCGGCGGCGGUGCUGCAGCGAUGCACUCUGUCGGCGCGCAAGCCGCUGCCGCAGCAGAAGAACACCAUCACGGCGCAGGGCCGGAAGGACCCCAACCAGAACACCGGCAUCUCCAUCCACUUCUGCCGGCUGACGGCGGAGCCGGAGCUGGAGGCGGCCAAGGCCGACUACCCCACCUACCUGGGCCGGCCGUGGAGGCAGUACGCCAGGGUGGUGUACAUGCAAUCCUCCAUGGGGGACCACAUCCACCCCGCCGGGUGGCUGGAGUGGGACGGCGCCUUCGCCCUCGGCACCCUCUACUACGGCGAGUACAUGAACUCCGGCCCCGGCGCCGGCGUCGCCAUGCGCGUCAACUGGCCCGGCUUCAGAGUCAUCACUCUGCCGUCCGAGGCGAGCAAGUUCACGGUGGCCAAGUUCAUCUACGGCUUUUCGUGGCUACCGAUGACCGGCGUGGCUUUCUCUGCCGGCCUAGACGCCUUGUGAUCUAACGGAAUUCACGCACCGGUUAAUCUUCUUCUCCUCCUCUUCUUCUUCCUCUCUUCUUCCCUGUUUCUGCUUUUUCUUGUAGUAAUUCUCCCUUGAAACUUCUUCCUCUUCAUGUUCCUCUUCCUCUUCCUCUCUUCGUGGCUAUCAAGGACUGGCGUGGCUUUCUUCACCGGCCUCGACACCUUGUCAUCUAACAGAAUUCACACGCCGGUCAAUCUUCUUCUUCCUCGGCCUCCUCCUCUUCAUCAUCUUCUUCUUCUUCUUCUCCCCUUUUUCUGUUUCUUGCAGUAAUUCUCCCUUGAGACUUCUUCUUCUUCGUCUUCCUCUCUUCAUGGCUACCGAUGACUGGCAUGGCUUUCUCCACCAGUUUGUCCGCCUUGUGAUCUAUCGGAAUUUAGCCGCCGGUCAAUCUUCAUCUUCAUCUUCCUCCUCCUCCUCCUCCUUUCUUGUAGUAAUUCUCUCUUGAGACUAAUGAAGAAAGGAAAUAACUGAAACUUGCUAAACUGUGAAAUUUGCCACAACAACUUUUCAAAGUUUUUGGCACAAAAUGUCCAUUGUUUCAGAGCUGAUUGUUCUAUGGAAUAAU